UCAGUCUAGACUCGCCGAGACGACUGAGAGCAGAAGUGGAAAAAAACACGCGCAGAUAUUCUUCCCCCUCUCUCUGCUGCUUGUCUCUGUGUAUAGGCUACCCCACCGGUACUGAGCAAAACUCGAAUCCAAUAUUUUUUUUUUCCUUCUUCCCCCCGUCUCUCCUCCUGUUUACUUUUUCUCCAACGCGAGGAAUCCCCCCGCACCGCUCAUCCGAYGCAAAAAGCCGCGCAUAUACACACGCAAUAUUGUCUUUUUUGCGGUUUAUCUCCCCGCAGCGCAACUUUCACCUCCUCAGUCAGGCGGUGAGCUCUAGACUGAUAGUCGCAAUCAUUCCUGCAGAUAAAUGAAUUGAAAAGACAACACAGAGUCCCAGCCCUGAUGAAUGGGAGAGGAGGGGGGCGGUCACGUGGCGCCGGCGUCGCGCGCCCAUUGGCGGAGUCCCCCUUUUAUCCCCCCUCUCCAAGCAACGCGCACAAAUAACAAUCCGCCGUGCAGGGCCCACACUUCCAUUCCUCUUUACAUCAUCAGUCCCAGAUAUUUUCAGACUGCUGACUGUGACUUUAGUUAAACGGCUGAAUAAUAGCAAAACAAAGGAUGGGACCUGAGGAAAUGCCCUGACUUCUAACAAAUAAUAAUAAUAAAAUGGCUUUAGUGCAACAUUCUGUCAGAAAUUAUAAUAGUACCACAUGUCUUUGUCAACCAUUUUUAAAAUAAUUUGCCAUUUGUAAUUGUUUUGUGCAGUUAAAUCUGGCAAACAGCCUCAAAACAAUAAAUAAUACAAAUAAAUAAAAUGCAAUUGUUGCGUAAAUUUGGAUGGACUGUCAGCUGUCAUAGCACCAUCUUCUUUACAUUAAUGCACUUGAGGACUAUUUUGUUGUGGAAUCAUGUGGUUUCUGUCACCUCUCCAAAAAAGAUCCCCUUGAUUAGCAAAUCUACUCAUCUUAUUGUUGCCUGCCUCCACAUUUCUGCACUGUCUCCCUUGAGCGUAACGGGGGGAGCUCACACUCCUAAACAUCUGGGCUCCCCAGCUAACCACUGAGCCCACGCUCUCAGAACUUCCACCUUAACCAUGCAGGGCCAGUGUUUAAGUUCCCCAAUGUUUCCAGCACGGUGUUUGGCUGCUGAUGCUCGUGCAACUUGUGCAUUCGUCGCAGGCCAGUGGUGCACAUAACCCGUGCGUAAAAUAAUAAUAAAAAAACAAACCUUGUGGGUUGUCGAAGUUAUCAAGUGGUAUUUGCGGCGCUCUCUGCAGGAAACUCCGACUGCUUUGAGUUCAAAACCACAUUGCACACUGAAAAAAAAUUUCUUGGCUACUAUAGUUUCUACACUGCGUUCCUAAUCUCAUAGGAGGUCGAGGAAAGUAAUUUUUUCCCCUCAUCUUCAUCUUUUAGAUCUUCUGUUUUGCCAAAUUUGGUGUGGGGGUGGGGGACAUUUUCAAAAGAAGGGAUGCAGAAAGACAGACAUAUUUAAUAAAUAAUGCAAGCUUCAGACCUGCAGGUCACGCACUCAAAUGAGCAACAAGUGAGGCUAAAUUUGUAAAUGAGUGCAAAAAAAUAUAGGUAAUAUACGCAUCAAAAGAAUUCAAAAGAAUGUUAAAUCAUUAGCUGUAAAUCCUAAUUCAUGCAAAUGUGCCACAUGCGUUUUAGUUUAAAGUCAAAACAUGAAUAAUUUCAGAACAUUGUUCUUUAAAGAGCUGCAGUGGGAGAAACUGAGCCAAAGCAGCGAAUUUGACGUUUUAUGAGUGCUCGCUGCAGCACCCAGCGUUUCUGUUUAUCCUGCACACACUCACACCCAUACACACACACACGCACACAAAAGCACGCUUACAUGCCUCCAAGUGUGAGUGAGUAAGUGCAUAUAGACCACUUGGACCAGAAAUAGCACCACCGAGUUUUGCGUUACACACCGCUGCUGUGGUGCAUCUGAUUUCUGCAGCUGCGCGCCUCGUUGGACUCCUCGCGCCCUUUGAAGGCCUUUUAAUAAACAUCUUUGGGAUCCGCCACCUCUCUCCAAACAUUGACUCAGUUUCUAACAUGCUGGAUGUGAUGCUGUCAGCGGUGACGGUGACGGGUUAAUUCAUGGAAAACACCUAAAUGCAUAAAUUACAGUCAUAAUGUUAACAGAAUGUUUUUUAAAAAAGCAAAUCAAAUUCACACUUUAUAACUACUUUAUUCCAGUUCUCAUCUGGGAACAAGGCAUGCAAUCAUUCUAAGUUCAUAUUGUAUUUAUUUUUCUCAAAAAAUGUAUAUAUUCUGAUAAUGAGUCUGAAACGUGACUUUCAGUUAAAAAAAGUCAACAAACACCUAAAAAACUGUAGAUAAUAAAAAAUAAGGGAGAUAUGGAUAUGAGUAAUUUUCAAAUUCGCAUCUUUUCUCCCCCCAAAAUAUAGAAGUCUAUUAAAACUUAAAAAAUUACGCACAUUGGUUUAACUUUUGUAUUCAGAAAAAUAAAAACUAAUUCAAUAAACUUCUAUAAUACAAGAAAGAGUAGCCAAAUUUUAUCCACAUAUUUUAAAAAAUUUAGGAGGAAAUUUGCAAGAUCAGAUAAAAUCAGCCGAGCCGAGGUCAUAGAAAGAACUUCAAACACCGUUUCUUUAAAAAAAAAAAACACUAAAAGUCCAAGUUCACGUGAAAAUAAACAACAAACAGAUAUUUGAAUAAAUCUAACAGGGCUAUUUUGGGACCUUUAAAUGCUCACAUAUUUGUUUUAAAUAUUAAACCAACUCAGAAAAUGAUUACCAAGACCUGUAAAACUCACAGCAACACAUUCGCUUUUUAUUUUCAACUCAACUCUGCCACGGCACCUCCUACUGUGACCCUCGUCUGCUGCCGUCCUGGGUCUAAAGCAGAACCACCCCGGAUCAAAACCACGGGUUCCGUCCAUUACAUUUUUCCUCCUGAAGAUAGAAUGGCCGCGGCUCGUUUUAUUCACAACACACACACACACACUCACACACACGGAUCUGACUGCGCAGAGCGAGAAGUCAGCUAAGCUGAACGCGCUGGAGGGAAAACGGCUGCAUGUGUAAAUAUCAAAGAGCAUUUUUUUUUCCUGGUCGGUUUUUAAACUCCUCGUGGCGGAUUUGUUCUUUACACAACUUUUACUCCGCUGCCGCCGAUCGUUUCUGUGCGUAAAUCUGUGCGUAAAUCUGUGCGUAAAGGUGCCCCUGCACACGUUGCAGAGCAAAAUGAAGAUAUCACUGCAUUAUUUAUGAUCGACACAACUUUUAUAGUGACAAUAUGCGCACUCUCGCGCGGCAGUCUGGUUUUGUAAUCAGCAAAUCUAAGCUGGAGAGUUGCCUUUUCAUCACCGCGCAGCUUUUGUUUGCUUCCACAAAGAAACGAAACGACUCUGUUUAUAACCCGAAACAACUUUUUAAGAGUUAUAUUCUACAGAAAACCUUCGCACAACUAGUUUAUUUUCCCUCUAGCGUUGCCUCUGGGAGUGCGCAUGCGCGCUGGCUGCUCGCUGUCACCAAGACAUUUUUCAUCACGUUGGAAACUGUCACUGGUGACGUCAAUCACAGAGCUCUGACCAAUUAGAGCGCAGGGUGAUUGUUUAGCUCCACGGGCUACAGCGCCUACCAUGAAUCUCUAUUCAGUAUCAAAGCGUCCUGCUGCUGCCUCUCAACCGAAUGGGAUUCCAUGUUGUCUGCAGAUAGACUUAACUUUAUAAAAGUUUUUUUUUCUUUAUUUGCCAUUGCGAUUAAAAUAUAUUUGUCAUCAUCAUUAUUAUUUUGCCUGCUGUCAAGUUAUUCUAAAAUUAGGAAGUAAUGAGCGUGGAUGCUUUGGGAAGCCCCGUGAUGGACCCUGCGUUUUCCAAACGGAACACGGCGUUGAGAUUAGUUGACUUGGCAGGGGCUCACCACCAUCACCAUCAUCACCACCAUACCCCUCAGAGCGUGACAGGCUUCCCGGGGUUCAGCAGCCAUCCACACUCAAUGGCUCACUCGCACCCUGGGGAGAUUACUGCGGAACCCCGCCUGGGGCCGAGUCCAUUCGGGCCAGAACACAUGGGGCACUCCGCGGCCCUCAAAAUCAGCCCAGCCCAUCAUUAUUCCCACCACCAUCACCACCACCACAAUCAUCAUAUGGCAGGCCACAGCGAAGUGGUCUCCAGUCAAACGGGAGCUUUUGGCCCGGUCCAGGCGACGUCGGUUCCUUAUUCUAUGUCUCACCCGGCCCAGGCUCUGUCCGCAGGUAGGGAUUUCCUCAUCCGGAGAGAUCUGACGGCUCAAGCCAUGCCAGUGCUCACUGACCAGACUGCUGGUCCAGCCUCUCACCACGGAAUGUUUGUCUCAACAACAGGUAGCUAUCCCGGACACUAUGGUCACCACCCCGACGCUGGGAACCAUGCAAGCCUCUUCUCCGGACUUCACCACGAGCAGCCUUCCAGCGGAUCACCGGGUGGCCAAGCGCUGAAUGGACAAAUAAGGUUAGGACUACCUGGAGAAAUGUACGUUCGGUCUGAUCACUUGAGUCAAGUGGCAAGCUCCAGGGCUGAUCCGUUCUCCGCCUCGCCCCUGCACGGCUACGGCGCUCUGAAUCUGAACAUGAAUCUCGGCGCGCACCACCACCACCACCACCACCACCCUCACCACGGAGCAGGCGCGUUCUUCCGCUACAUGAGGCAGCCGAUCAAGCAGGAGCUGAUCUGCAAGUGGCUGGAGCCGGAGCUCGCGCCCAAGAAACUUUGCUCGAAAACUUACAGCACCAUGCACGAGCUCGUCACGCAUGUGACGGUGGAGCACGUCGGAGGACCCGAGCAGGCGAACCACAUCUGCUUCUGGGAAGAGUGUCCGCGGGAAGGCAAGCCGUUUAAAGCCAAAUACAAACUCGUGAAUCACAUUCGGGUGCACACAGGAGAGAAACCGUUCCCAUGCCCCUUCCCUGGCUGUGGCAAAGUGUUUGCAAGAUCCGAGAAUCUGAAGAUUCACAAAAGGACGCACACAGGUGAGAAGCCCUUCAAAUGUGAGUUCGACGGCUGCGACCGACGCUUCGCCAACAGCAGCGACCGGAAAAAGCACUCGCACGUGCACACCAGCGACAAGCCCUACAACUGCAAAGUGAGAGGCUGCGACAAGUCCUACACGCACCCSAGCUCCCUGCGGAAGCACAUGAAGGUGCACUGCAAGUCCCCCCCGCCCAGCUCGGGCUACGAGUCGUCCACCCCGUCCCUGGUGUCCCCUUCCUCGGACCUGGGCCGCGAGCCCGGGGGCCCCUCGGUGCUGUCGGAGCCCGUGGGGGCCUCCCAGCCGGCUAAUUUAAGCGAGUGGUACGUGUGCCACAGCUCGGGUGCCAGCGGCGCCCAAAGCCCACCCAGCGGCCACUCCACACCCGACCCCGCCGAGGAGCCCCCUUACAGAAACCCACAGCAGAGGGACACGUUCUGAGCCGCAUCAGCUCUGAAAAACUGUUCAAAUUUGCUUUUGGUGCCUAAAAGUUAUUCCUGUGAGGGCCCCCACCGGUCCACGUUUUACUGUGGAGGAGCCACUGAACGGACCCCCAGAGCCAAGAGACCCACGGAAAAUGUGCAAACUUUAUAGACUUGCAGAAACAGAUUUUUUUUUUUUACUUUUCCCAAAACGCUUGGCUCUGUGCCUGUGUGGACCCCGCUGUGUGGACAUGGACACAUGUGUAAUUAGACAAUGUGGUGGUACACUAUUGUAGGCAUGAUGUUGUAAAAAAAAA